UAUUGCGUGGAAUACAGAUGCAGGUGAUUAUGGGGCCGAAACAACUCAUUAUACCAAUCACAUCCUUGGGUACUGGCUGUUCUUCCCACUGGAGAGGCCCUCGGCAUUCUGGCUGACACAACACGAUGCUGUGAGAUUGAUUUGGGAAACGAAUCAACAGUACAGUUUGUUGCUUCGUCUCCAUAUCCAGUUAUUACAUUUGGUCCAUUUGCCUCACCAACUGCUGUUUUGAUAUCACCGUCACAUGCAAUUGGAACUGUGUUUAUGCCACCUAAGUGGGCAUUAGGCUACCAUCAAUGCCGCUAUAGCUAUGAGUCAGAGGAGAAAGUUCGUGAGAUAAUGAGAACAUUUCGACAGAAGGGUAUCCCUUGUGAUGUCAUUUGGAUAGAUAUAGAUUACAUGGAUGGUUUUUGUUGUUUCACUUUUGAUAAGGCAUGUUAUUCCAAAUCCAAAUUAUUUAGCGAAAGAUCUUCAUGAUAAUGGUUUCAAAGCAAUUCGGAUGCUUGACCCUGGGAUCAAGCAGGAAGAUGGUUAUGCUAUCUAUGACAGUGGUUCUAAGGAUGAUGUAUGGGUUAAGAAAUCAGAUGGAAGUCCUUUCAUAGGUGAGGUUUGGCCAGGGCCUUGUGCUUUCCCAGACUAUACACAGGCAAAAGUGCGAGAGUGGUGGGCCAAUUUAGUUAAAGAUUUAAUUUCUAAUGGCGUUGAUGGUCUAUGGAAUGAUAUGAAUGAACCUGCUGUCUUUAAGGUUGUUAAGAACACAAUGCCUGAGAGCAAUGUUCAUACGGGUGAUGACGAACUUGGAGGUUGUCAAAGUCAUUCUCAUUAUCACAAUGUGUAUGGAAUGCUUAUGGCAAGGUCAACGUAUGAAGGUAUGAAAUUGGCUAAUCCAACCAAGCGGCCUUUUGUUCUCACAAGAGCUGGGUUUAUUGGCAGUCAGAGAUAUGCUGCAACAUGGACAGGUGACAAUCAAUCAAAUUGGGAGCACCUCCAUGAGUCUUUCAAUGGUUCUAAAAUUGGGACUCAGUGGCCAGCCCCUAUCUGGGGCGAUAUUGGGGGCUUUUUUUAUAAUGCAACUCCUAAGCUUUUUGCAAGGUGGAUGGGCAUAGGUGCUAUGUUUCCUUUUUGCCGUGGGCACUCUACAACAGGCUCUAAUGAUCAUGAGCCAUGGUCUUUUGGCAGUGAGUGUGAAGAGGCAUGCAGACUGGCAUUGCUUAGGCGCUACCGCCUUCUUCCACACAUAUAUACUCUUUUCUACAUGGCACAUACAAUUGGUACUCCAGUGGCUAGUCCAACCUUUUUCGCUGAUACCAAAAAUCCCAGUUUAAGGAAACUGGAGAAUUCUUUUCUACUGGGUCCACUUCUAGUCUGUUCAAGGUUUCUAUUUCUAAUCACAAAAAUCAAGUGUGAUAGGACUUUGUGGAUCUUCAUUUGUGCUUCUACAAUAUUUUUUUUCGGGUAAAUACUCAUUUGGUACCUUGUGUUUUAUCAUAAUACUAGUUUAUAAUAAUGAUCAUUUGGUAUCCUCUCUUUGCAAUUCUUGGUACUCUCAGCGGAAAUCUGGUCAACCCAAAUUUUAAAUAUGAUUAUAUUGUCCCUCAUUUUGUUGAUUUAUUUGAUUUUCUUUUGUUUUUAUUAUUUUAAAAUAAUUUUAAAAUAUUUUCUUAAAUUAAUAAAACAAAAGAAAUGUUUUUAUAAAUUAAUCAAUUAAAAAUAAACAAAAUUAAAAAAAUUAAAUCUAACCACUAAACUUAAAACCCAAAAUUAAAAUCAACACCCUAAACUUAAAAGCCAAAAUUUAAUCUGAAUUUAAAGAAAAUAGUUUAAUUGAAACUUUAAAAAAUUAUUAGAUUUUAGUUUGCUUUAAUUAAUUUUAAAAUAUUGCUGUAGUUUUUUUUGAACUUAUAUUUGGAAUUAAAAAAUAUUUAUGUUUAUCUAACCAAUUAAAAUAUUUUUAUCGAAUAUCUUUAUUUUAAAAUUAAUUAAUUUAUUUUCAAUUACUUUUUCAUUGAUUAAUUUAUUAUAUUUUUUGUUUUAUUGAUUCAAAAAAUAUUUUUAAAUCAUUUUAAAAGAACAAAAACUAAAGAAGAUUAAAUAAAUUAUUAAAAGGAGGGACGGUCAUAUUAGAAAUUUUCCUUUACCAGAUUCAGUAGAGGUUACCAAACUAGUACGAAUUGCAAAUAGAAGGUACCGAAUGAUUAUUAUUAUAAACAUAGGGUACUAAGUGUGUAUUUCGAUAAAACAAGGUACCAAAUGAGUAUUUACUCUGUUUUUUUUCAUACAGGGCACUUUUCACACUUUAUACAUUUAUAAAAACUAAGAAUGGAAUGCAGAUUUCUAAUGACCAUAGAUGUAUCUAUGAACAAAAUUUCCCAUAUUAUAUAUCUGUUGAUCUAUCUGAUUUUACAUAUAUCAUAUAUCAUUUAAAGAGUUGUACGUUGGAAGAGUUUUAAAUGUACUUGAUCAUUUGAUUGUGGAUAUAUGUUUCCCUGACACGCUAUGUUUUGUGAUUAAUACUGUACAUGACCAGCAGACAGAUAAUCUCCAAUUUGCACUUCCAAAAGGAAUCUGGUUGAGUUUUGAUUUUGAUGAUUCACAUCCGGAUUUACCAGUUUUGUAUUUGCAAGGUGGAGCAAUUAUUCCUUUUGGUCCUCCUCAUUAGCAUGCUGGCAAGGCUAGUCCAUUAGAUGAUUUGUCACUCAUUGUGUCCUUAGAUGAACAUGGUAAUUUAUCUAUGUUUAUUUCUCUUGAGAAUGAAUGUCUCCUUGGUAAGUAAUAAUUCUCUCGAGUAUAAGACUGAACAGUACUAGUAGUGCCAAAUGCAGUAAUUUUUUCUCUAUAGACAGAUGGAAAAAAGUUGUAGUAUGUCUAAAGAUAGAUUUUCUAGGAAAACAAACCUCUAUUCAAGAUUAUUUUAUUAAUAGUUUCUGAUCAUAUAUACCUAUAUGUGCUCCGAAUGUUUAAGCACAAAGCACAAAACACAUUAUAAAACACUAUAGCUAUCCACGUUUUCUUGCAAAAGGAGGUAGAAGUGUGUGGUUUUGGGAUUUGGUUUUCAAGAACUGUUAUGCAUGCUUGUACCCCAUGGUAACUCAUGUUUGAUUGAGUAGCUGAUAAAGCUAGUACAAAUUUUAUCUGCAGUUUGACAUAUUACUACUGUAAUUUCAACUUUGGUAAGAUAAUAUUUUCUUUAACGUUACUUUUUUUUUUUAUCAAGGAUCCUGUCUCAUUACAGGGAAAGCUAAAGGGGUUUUGUAUGAAGAUGAUGGCGAUGGAUAUGGAUUCACUGAAGGUCAAUUUUUGUUGACACAUUACAUUGCUGAACUUCAACACUCAGUUGUUACAGUUAGAGUUUCCAAAACUGAAGGAUCUUGGAAGAUGCCAAGUCACCGUCUGCAUGUGCAACUAUUGCUUGGAGGAGGUGCAAUUCUUGAUGCAUGGGGCACAGAUGGUGAGGUUCUUCAAAUGAUAAUCCCUCCAGAGCAAAAUGUUUCGUAGCUAAUAAGCAAUACAAAACUCAAUCAGAUAAUAAAUCUGCUUUGAGGAGGAAAAACAUAAUUCCCCUGUAAAUGUAUAAUUUUUUAUACUUUCAAUACAUAUAUUUAUUGAGAACUGUGUUAAGAUCCCACAUCGACUAAGUAUGAGAUCGGUUGAUGGUUUAUAAACACUUGGGCACACUCCUUUCCUACAACAGUAUUUUGGAAGUGAAUUCUACCUAAUGGUUGUAACAAGUGGUAUUAGAGCUAGCACCCUUUAAUUGAACUCAAGCUGUGGAAGGGGCGAUCUAAGAAAAGCCUAGAGUGAGCCUACUAAGUUGCCCACUGUGGAUGUCAACUCUAAAAGGAGGUGUAUUGUUAGACUCCUACAUUGAUUAUGUAUGAGAUUGGUAUUCUAGUUUAAUCUGCUAUGCUAAAGAAGAAAUCUUU